CUCAAAGCUUAUAUGUGCGGGAGAGUAAAGCAGACUCUUUACUGUUCUGGCUCGGCACUGCGCGGUGGGAGAAGACUAACAACAAAAACACGCAACGAGGAACUCAGCCUUCCCUAUCUGAGUUUCAGACCCCAUCUGAGACUAGCCUUUUUUUUAUUCCGCACCUCUUGCACAAACUCUAAGCCAGUGGCAAACUAAUCGCCUUCGCAUCCAAAGGAUCCAAGGUCGGUCCUCAAAUGAGAAAUCAUCUGCGACUGUCUUCUUCUGAAGAAACAGAAAUGUCUGCGACCAUCCUGUCCGCUUUCUACGACAUCGACAUGCUGUACAAGGAGAAGAGCCUCAAUAUGAACGCCAUUCACAUUAACAGCAUGCUGGAUAAGAAAGCAGUCGGGGCCCCGGUAACAACAACCUCCAGCAGCAGCAGCAGUAGCACCAACAACUGCAACUCGUACGCGUCAGGAUUCUUCCGUCGAAACUCCACCAGCAACAUGGAAUCCAUGACGAACGGCAACAAGUACCCCGCCAGCUCCUACAGCAACAUGAAGGAGAACGCCAUCAUGAAUAAGGAAAACAAGUUUCGCGACCGUGCCUACAGCGAGAGCGGCGAACGCGGCCAGCAGCAGCAGCUGCAAGUGCUGCAGCAGAAGCCGGGCUCGCAGAUCAACUCCACCCGCUACAAGACGGAGCUCUGCAGGCCCUUCGAGGAGAACGGCGCCUGCAAGUACGGCGAGAAGUGCCAGUUCGCGCACGGCUACCACGAGCUGAGAAGCCUGUCUCGCCACCCGAAGUACAAAACCGAGCCCUGCCGCACUUUCCACACCAUCGGCUUCUGCCCGUACGGCCCGCGCUGCCACUUCAUCCACAACGCCGACGAGCGCAGACCAGCGCCGAGCAACGCCAACAGUAUGCAGGGAGAGUCCACCAAGCCCGCCCGGGGGGAUCCGGCGUGCGGCUACGGGCAGCAGCAACAUCAGCAGGCGGCCGGAGCCUUCAGGGACAGACCGAAACUCCACCACAGCCUCAGCUUCUCGGGUUUCUCCAGCCAGCACCACCACGGACUCGACUCGCCCAUUCUCGAAAGCCCCACGUCCCGCACCCCCCCUCCCCCUUGCUCCAAUGGUUCCUCCUGCUCCACUAACUUCUACGAAGACGUUCUCUCGUCGAGUCGGUGCCUCGGCAACAGUGCCUUCUCGUUCCCCGGCCAAGACCUCAAAGCCCUGCUCGCGCCGCUGGCCGUGCAUACGCACAACGGUUACUACGGAAACCUUCAGGUCAACAUGGGCGACGGCCUCGGCCACUUGCAGUCCCUCCACCGCCUGUCAGAGUCGCCGGUGUUCGACUCGCCCCCCAGCCCGCCUGACAGCAUCUCGGACCGGGAGAGCUACGCCAGCGGCUCCCUCAGCUCCUCCGGAAGUCUGAGCGGCUCCGAGUCUCCCAGUCUGGACGGCGGGAGACGUUUGCCAAUCUUCAGCAGGCUGUCGAUUUCCGAUGAUUAAAUCCGCUUUUUUGUAGUGGACUCGAUAGUUUGGAGGAGUCUCCCGUUAGAUAUGUAGUUCAGCAAUAGACUUUUAAUAUCGAGGGAGAUGGAUUUGUUUGUGUCAGACGCUUUUUGACAUGGCAUUAGUCUGUUUGAACUGCUUUGAAGGCAUUCCACCGGUGCAGUUUAUUGCAUUCUCUUGGUCUUUUUGGACCACCCACUUUCCAGAUUUGUACAAAAGACUUGUUUUUUUUCUCUUUUCGAACGUGAAAGACAGAGCGGUUUCAGAUUUUCCUUCAUCCUCGCCAAGAAUAUGCCUUGACAAAAAGUAUACUAGUUUUCAAAGUAUGUACAUCCAUUCCAAAAGUUUCUCCAGUUUCGCGGCGCCACCCAGUGGUUUGGUUGGUUUGUGCAGUUUGAAGCUCUCUCGUUUGGCUUGUUGGGAAAUCACUGCUGAUGGUUGAAUAUAUCUAUUUUUUUUAGCUGAUACGAGUGAUUACAUAGCAGUGCAUAACUGGCUAUGAACUAUUUAACUUAUUUAUUUUAUCUUGUGAAAAGUAUAGGCUACAUCGUUAAUUGUGUCCAUACUGUAUUUAUCGAGUAUGAUGAAGCAAUAGAUCUAUAUUCUUUUAUUAUGUUUAAAUUAUGAUUGCCAUUAUUAAUCUACAUAAAGUGGAGUGUAUGUUCUUUUCACAGUAAUAUAUAUUUUUGUUUGGUCUCUUUUUGUAACUUCACUUUAUUUUAUUGUAAAUGAGUAAAAAAAAAUCUUAAUUUAAGAGAUUGUAUGUGAUAUUUAUUUCAUUAAUUUUGUUUCCUUGUUUACGUUCAUUAAAAAAAACAGUUUGUGUGAUUUGCUGUUUGUUGGGAUGUUACUUUUCAGAAGGGUUUUUUUGUUCGUUUGUUGUCGUUUUGGAGACGCGUCCCUUUAGGUUUGUCUGUAGAAUGUAUAAACUGUGGUUGGCAGAGGACCGUCCUGAACGUGUACUAGCCUUAAAUUUUCAUAGAAAUCAGAUUUCAAAGAUCCCAAGUAAAUCAAUUAACCAAAAAGUAUUUUUGUUUUCUUUUUCUUUUUUUUUUUUAUACGUAUAU